AUGGCAUCACCAUGUCGGGCGGGGGCGACAGGUGCAUGGAUUCACGAGUCGCCGUUGACAGGAUAUGGAGGCGGGUUUGAACCGACAGCGCUGCGGAUCGCUCGGAUAAAUGAAGACUUGGCGGAGCUUCAGAUGUUGAUGGAAAGCACGGUUUUCAAGUUGGACGACCAACAGGCGUGCACGGCGCUCAUGUUGCAGCGCUUGCGAAGUCGUUUGUUGGACAGCCUGUGCCCACAAAAAUUGCGCAAAACGGAGCGGCUGAAAAAACUGGCGAAACGCUUGGCCGCCUUGGAGCAUGACGUUGGCCGCGAGCAGGCCGAGUGCGUCAAAGCCAUGGAGGCUGUGCUGGCCACUGUGGAGAAGAACGGGCAAGUGGCAGAAGCCGUGUGUCGCCAUCUAGGUUCGCGCAAACAUGCUGUUUUGCCACAGGACAUGACUGCGGCAUGUCCUGGCGCGCCAUUUGCAUCGUCUCCAUCACUUGUUGGCCAGCUUGGAAGGAUUCUAGGGACAGCUCGGGUUCAUGACGAGGAAGGUCACCAUCAUGGGCUGCCAAACGGGGCCGCUUCAGCAAGUGCAGCUCUUGAGGCUGUUCCGGCACAAGUCGACAUUGCACCGGUGUCGGUGCCUGUUGCCCGACAACAUGAGGCCGACUUGCUCGAGGAGGCUGCAGGACUUCUUCGCAACGAGAUGGCGGAACCGGACCAGGCCACCGUGAGCUCGCUGGGGGACAACUCGGCGGAAGGCGGAUUGGAUGCGCAGCUCAUGCUGUACAUGAGCCGCUUCCGGAGUGUUUGGGAUGCACCCGAAGAGCACAGGGAGCUGUCUCAGGCCCCCUGGCAGGCCACCUUGCCUGGACCUGCUGCGCCCAGCAGGCUUGAGGCGGCCAGCUUGAGUCUUCCAGCCGAUGUCUCGGCCAGGCCUGUGCCAGAGCCCGUGGAGCGGCCAACUCUGAGUGUCGAGCCCGGCAGCGGUGACCGUGUGAGCGAGGAGGCCAAGCCUUCAUCCCCCAACGCCAUGGAGUGCCAGCCAGAGAGCAAAACUGCCUCCCACAAUGAUGCCCUCGCUGAAGAAAUGCGUCCAAGCGCAUCGGCGCCAUCAAGCGUGUCGCAGCCCUGCCUGGGCCAUGCUCAAGAGACACUGCCUGCGCAAAGCUCGCGGGGUGAUCUGCAAACGGAGUCUGAAGACCGGCAGACGAAGCUGCGACGUGAAGAAGGUGACGAGGGUCAAGCAGAAGCCGAAACUGGCCCAGAUGCUCUGGAGCCUGCCCCACCAGGCCCGAUGGUGCGCCGCAUCACCUCCAGCGCGGAGGGCAGCAGCUCGGUAAGCUCUGUGAGCUCGGACGACAGCCUGGCGAAGGCGAAGGCAGUCCCACGGCGAGAGAGCAGCGAGGACUCCAGCAGCACAAGCAGCAGUGAAAACAUAGAGCGCGCCUGA